CAUCUGAUAAUAUUUUACUCGGACUAACAAAAAGCACAAAAAACAUUUUCACAUUUGCGGCCUCUAUACUAUCGCUAUCGCUUUUGCAAAAGUUUCAUGUCUUUUAGUACGAGGCUAGCGUUGAUGCGCUUCACUACCCAAAAUAUUAACCAUAAUGUGUUGAGUCGAUCCAUAAGAGAUGUUGAGGACAUCUACCAUCUCUCUGAUGCCAACACCACGAUAUACAAUUUGUUUCUUUAACUUUUUAAAUGUUGUCGUCAUUAAGAGAGGUUUAUUAGCGCCUACAUUGCUUUUACAAGGUUUUUUGUCCAUCAGAUAUUUGUGUUCAUGAUAAAGUAGACUCCCCAAAACACUUCUACAACAUUUUCAACGAUUUCGUAGUCGUGAUUUCAUUGGAAACAUAAAAUUUUAAGCAAACACGUUGUUAAAUUUUUUCCAUGGUAAAAAUUGCCAUAACCUGCACGGAAGGAGCUUUAUCGUUCCACUGAAAAAGUUCCAAUAAAAAUGAGCUCAGUACUCGCUCGACUCACACAUUUACCAAAAAGAGUAGUUCAAAUGGUAAAUAUUUACGGAAAAGAUUAAGCUCGGAUGGAUAAAUUUAACAUCAAUAUUUGCAAAUUUUAGAAUGUUUGGGACUGGUUGUUGCAGCAUAAGCUAUCCUGAAGUAACUUUUAGAACUUACGAUAUCGAAAGAUUCAACCGUCGGAUCCUUGUCCUUCUUUGGAACACCCUACCUAGCGCUUAUGUGAUAUUGUUUCCAUGUGUUUGAGAAGUAUAGAGAGCACAGAUUGUUAUUUAAAUAACCUCAAAAGGCACAUUACAUUUAAAGAAAACUAUUUGCAAAAUUUUGCGCUUGAUCUGAAUUUUAAUUGGAGCAAGUUUUGAUGACGAAUGUUCUAUGAAAUUAAUAUUAACUAAUAUUUCUCUCUCGAUUUUUCUGAUUUUUAUAAACUAAUCCUUAUACAUGAUUUCGACACAAAACACUUUCUUUUAAGCCAAAAUUUUGAGUAAGGUGGAAACGCAGCCAUAUACAAUGUAUUAUACAAUAUAAUACCAGACAAUGAAACAGUAAUGCAUAGACUCGCCUAUACCUAUAUUGUAUUGAAAUUAGCGAGCCCCUCUGACCGUCUCGUUGAAUAUUGGAAACUCAUUAAAGUCCAAUCAAUUUGUUUACAUAAUUUUCGAAAAGAAUUGUAGAUAUUGCGAAAGAAAUUAGCAUAUGCGUUCGAACAAUAUGAACUGUGAUUAGUGUGCCAAAUACUAUUUUUGUGGUCGAAGCAGCCAAAGGACCAAAGAACCAAAAGACGAACCACUCUACAAAAUGCAUGGUCAUCUACGAUAACAAUACAUGUACAGUCGCGAAAAAAUAAUAUUUUUGAAUAAGCAACAUGUUAACAUGAGCGUUAUCUUGUAGGUGUUAUUGAAGAAUUAGCAUGUACCAACAACACGCAGCGGCUUAGACCAGGUUAAUAGGAACAAGCAAUGUCUGUCUGCGCAAAUAAAAGGUGGCAACAAAUAGUUACAGUAACUAAGUAAAUAGUCGAUACCUGCUGAGACUAAAUCCACGAAACGUUAAAUGUGGCGACAUACAGCUGCAAGGGAUAUACCAUGCAGCCGAAUAUGGUACCUUGAAUUAGCACGCACACUAUGCGUCCGAUGUGUUGUCGUAGACAAAGAACCUACCAACAACCAACACCUUUACAAUGUAAAACACAAUUUAGAAAAAUGUAAAUUUUGCCAAAAGAAGCGGAAAAGCGAAAAUUCGAAGGUUAACGAUAUUUGCCUUUACAUGAAACUUCCUUGAAACGAAGCGUAAGCAGGUAAGUAACGAAGCGCGCAUCCUCUGCGACGCUGCUAUCACCGCCAAAUGCAACGCUUGCUGUCACAUUACCGCCCGCAGGUAGUUUGACAUGCGGUCGUCUCAGGAAUGUGACUUGAAAGUAUAAAUACCCGUACCGCUGCGUAGGUCACUCAUUAUCAAACGCACAGUGAUUGAGUUAGGAGCGCACACAUUUAGCAAAAAAAGUUUUAGUUUUUGCAAUUUCAAUAUCAAUAUAUUAGUUUUAACAAAAUGGGUUGCACAUCGAGCAAUUUUUCCUACGACACCAGCGACAGUAGCUACGGCACAACUAUGCCCGGCCGCUCAACACCGCGUAAACGUAACUUUAGCAGCCGCGUCAACUGUACCGCCAGCAGUGGAAUUUCUACGGAGCAUAGCAGCAACAAUACAUCGGAACGUUAUAGCAGUGCGAGCACAUGGAGCAGUUGCAGCACGCCACCUCCACCGAGAAACUCCUCCACGCCGACGACAAAUAAACAAAUUCCACAAAAGCGUUCAGCUUUUCUAAAGCUCGGCCGCAAGGAUAUGCCAAAAGCGCUAGCGCGUCUUACGCUUAACGACAAACAAAAGCCACAACAAGAGACACCGCCACCAGCACAACAUAAUCGCGUAACAGAACAUUCGAUUGGUUACUUCACUGGUUCGACGGACGAUUUGGAUAGCAGUUGCAGCAGUUUCAGUUACAAUGGUCUAUUAUUACACACAAAGGAUAUGAGUCCAUCAAGUAAUACAAGCAGUAGUUGCAGUAAGGGUGAUACCUCGUCUGAGCGCAGUGGCAAUCAACCCGUUUCGAAUUUAAAAAUGGAGAUCUUAAUGAUGCGCGAGAACGUACAAUUAAUGCCGAAGACAUCGUCGCCGUUUUGUGCACGUCGCGAUUUGUCUUCGUGCAGCAGCGCAGUGAGUUAUGUCGACAUUGCGCCGCCAUCGGAUACUUAUUGUCUUUGGCGCCAAUAUCUACAGGAUGCACCGGCAUACUCAUUUGCCAAUGUCACCGCCAUACCCGAAGCGAUUGCCGGUCAAUUUAGUCCAGAUGAUCAUCCCGCAUAUACCGAGCUGCAGAAUUUUGAAUGUGUCAGUGCGCCGAAACGUUAUCGUGUGCAUGCCAAGAAGGGUAAGCACGCCGCGCCUAGUGUUCCACUAGCUGCGGUAGUGCCUGGUCUUGGUGUCACACGCGCUAUCGUCUCGACCGAACUGUGAACACGCGGCUCCGUUCCAUGCGGAUCUGUCGUUGUCUCGCAGGCUGUUGGAUGAGCUGAAUACUGAUGGAUCUUAAAGGAUUUUAAAACUACCUCAAUGUGCCUUUGUAUGCUGUGAUUUUGGACUAAAGCUGACUGGAAGAAACUGACAAGACCAAAUAUAUUUCAAAUAUAUUAGAUUGAUAAUCGUUUUAUUAAUGUA